UGUAUGGGAUCCCAACUCCAAACAAUAGGUGGCAGUAGUGGGCUCUUACUCUGAAAUUACACUGCAGACUGAACACUACGGAAGAAUUGGUUUCAAUAUGGCGGAGACUCACAGCUUGCAGGAUCUGCGUCAGCAGGCGCCUGUCGCAGCCAAAGUGUUCGUCCAGCGGGACUACACCUCGGGGACCAUUUGCCAGUUCCAGACAAAGUUUCCCGCUGCUCUGGAAACAAGGAUUGACAAGCAGCAGUUUGAGGAUACAAUACGCAAGCUAAACAGCCUGUAUGCCGAGGCGGAGAAGCUGGGGGGUCGCUCGUACCUGGAGGGCUGUCUGGCUUGUUUGACAGCCUACACCAUCUUCCUGUGCAUGGAGACACACUAUGAGAAGGUUUUGAAGAAGAUUGCCAAUUAUAUCCAGGAUCAGAAUGACAAAAUCUACGCUCCGAGGGGCCUGCUCCUCAUUGACCCUAUUGAGCGGGGGUUGAGAGUUGUCGAAAUCACUGUUUUUGAAGACCGCAGUACUGGACCCGGAAGAUGAGACUUGGUUUGUCUAAAGAUGUUUCUCAAGACGGCUGGUUGGUGCCCCAUUCGCUGCUGCCCAGUGUUGCCCCCUAAACCCACCAUGACCACCAGGUCUCCCUUCCUUCACUCCCAUUGUAUUCACAUUGCAUUUAAAAAAAACUCCUUGUUCAUUAUGAUUAUUUAUUACUACUCUGUGUGAGAUGGACUGACCACAUGUUCUGCUGAAGGUGAUAAAGGCACACUGGCCCUUGUCUGUCAUUAUGAUCGUUAUGUUUAUCCAUUCUAGUUAGUAUAGUUCUGUCUUGCCCCCAUAGCCUCCAGCAUAGGCUCUAAAACCCCCACGACCAUGAAUAGGCAUGAAUGGAUAGUUUAUAUAGUUAAUUCUCCCCAGAUCACGGAUUAUCUAUAACCUUGUGUAUUGAACUUUGCCACUUGUUAUUAUGUUUGAUGUACAUGAUUCUGAAAAGAAUGAAGCAUUCUGAGGGUUUUUUUGUACUUGGGUGCAUUUGCUUGGUCAGCUGUGAUUCUUCAUCUAACUCCUGUCAACAAGCAGAAAAAUGAAGUCUUAUCAACCAAGGAGGAUUGGUUCUCUAUCGCUCCCAUGAACUAUUGUGGUCGCUAACGAGGGAUGGUAUCUGAUUACAUCAGUACACACUUUUGAAUCCUGUGUGCCUCACCAUAAUUUGGCUGUGUUUGGAGACACAAUCCAACAGAAUUAGAAUUGUCAGCCUGUUUAGGAUUUUACACUACAGAACAGAAUAACUGAGAUGUGUGAAUGAGAACCAGUUACCCAGCAGGAACGCUGGAGUACUUAUAGAAUUUCAUGUAUUGCAAUUCUGUAAAACUUAAUUUUUUUUUUUUUUUUUUUUUUGCUUUUGAGACCUUAUAACCAUCAGACAGACCUUAAUAUCAUAUUUCUGCCUAUUGAUGCCAGGAUGACGGUAUGUGGUUUUAAAUAUUUGUAUAAUUUCUUAUAACUUGUGCACUGUAGCAUAAAUAAACACUCUUCUUGAUUAA